AAAUAAAAGAUAGAUAAUAGGAAACAGGGAGGGAGAUCUUUUGCAAAAGUGAAGGGGAUCUAGAGAAAGAGUGGAGUGGAGGGGAAAAAGAAAGCUAUAUUAUAAAGCUACAGUCAUCAAAAUAGUUUUGUACUGGCAUAAAAACAAACAUACGGACCAGUGAAAUAGAUGAGAAAACCCAGAAGUAGACCCAAACUCAGGCCUGCAACUAGUUUCUGACCGGGGCACCAACCAGGAUGGCAGUGGGACAAGGGACAAGUGUCUCUGACAGGUGGUGCUGGGGAAACCAGACUUCCACACCCCAAAGAGGAAAACAGAUUGUCUGCAUAGAAUAUGUAUUUUGUAAUGGAAAACCUGAAAAUGUCUUCCAACAGCGUGAUCUUUAUUUAAUAGAGGUUUCUAGUGUGAUUAUGAUACUGUCCCAGUGAGUCUCCAGCUGUGUAAUUAGUAUGUGAUUAUUAACAUGCGCUCUAUGAAGGAUUCGCCCUGGUGUUUCCAUGCCUGUCUGUGCCUUUGUUGAUCGUAUCCAUCCAGCCCUCCUCUUCCCCUUCCCUUCCCCUCUUCCCCCUCCUCUCCACCCCCUAAUAGUCCCUCUUGUUCGAGUUAUUUUUCUUGAGUUUCAGCAUAUGAGAGAUAUUCUUUAUUUAUGAUGAAGCAUGGAAUCAUGCCUGCAGUAGAGUCUACUCAGUGUCCUGUUCUGGGAUUUAUGAAGAUAAAAGGCUUAUGAAAGGUUACCGAAUGAAUGACAUCCUUUGUGACUGUAGGUGUGGAUACACACACAAUCCUGGCCAGUGUAUACCCUGGGUGUGAAUUGCGCCUGGCACCGUCGUGGAAGUUUGUGGUGCAGGAAUAGCUUCUUCGUGCCUUCGCUGGCUGGUGGCCGGCUCUGCUCCCUCUCGGAGUGGGCACAGACACGGUGUCUGGGGGAGUGAGGAACACUUCGCCUUGCCCGUUCUCUCAGUCCCCACUGGCCUCCAGGCACGAACCGCACGGUGGAUCCUGUUCCUUGCAUGGCUGUCCCCACUGCCAUGACAGGUCAAGGUGGCAUUUUAUUUGCAUUCCUGGGGAAUUUCUGAGACACUGUCUGAGUCCUGCAGUGGCUCUGAGGGCCUGACCUCGAUUUCGCCAGGUCCUCUGGGCUCCCAGACUUCCUGGCCUCGGCAGGCUCGGUCCACGCUGGGCCCCGCGGAGCUUUCGCUUCUCCCAGACACGACGUUCAGCGCAGAGCAGGGUGCACGGGCCCCGAGAGAAGCUUCAGCACCCUGUGAGGGGACGCAUCACCCAGACGGAGCCUGGCCCCGCUGUCGCCCGAGGGCCCGGGACCAGGACUCCCAGCUGCCCAGGGCUCCCUCCCGCCACCUGCGGCAGAGCUUCCCUUCUCCCGCUGUGGGUUUCCCAAAGAAGAAAGAGCCACCCCUCCUGGAUGCUUCCGCAGCUGGGAACGCUUUUCCCGCAGAGUACGAUUUCUUCCCAUGGAGAUUCGGGUGGGGACUCCGGGGCUCCGGGUGACCCGUGGCGGUGAUCUCGAUUGAGGCAGUGAUCAGUAGACCCGAGCUGGAGGGCGGCAGGGGGACGGCCAGGGACGGGAGCACGGGACAGUGGGGACAGGGCCUUUGCACAUGCGUAGUAGAGUCCAAGGAAGCCCGGCGGAACAGCCAGGGCCGCUAGCCCUGGGAAGUGGCAGAGGAAAGGCAAAUCUCCUUCCGGUUCCUUAACAUCAACUCCUUCCCUGCAGAAUGUGGAGCUGCAUUUUAUUUUCAAUAUGUCUCAAUGCUGAGAAUGACUAGAGAUAAUAUUGACAGUUGACAUUAAAUCUUUAAAAAAUCAUACUUUUUAAAGAGCGUUCCAUUGUUAAGAGUAAUACUUGUUUUCCAAUAUUUAAUCAAAGACCUGCAAAAUUAAAAUAAAUCCAUAUAAAGGAAGAAGGAAGCAAAUGUUUUGUGUUCAGGAGUACUGAAAGGAGCUCUCUGUCCCCACGACGGUGGAAAUGUAGAGUGGAACGGGCCCUGAAGAUUAUAUUUACUGUACAAUGCAAGGUUUUCUCGUUGCCUCUACUAUUCUGGGGACAGACUUUGAAUUAAAGCACCCUGGACGUUUCUUAAAUAAAGAGAAUGAGGAGGAAAUGCUGAGUGGCUUCUAGGUCCUUCUCUGCUGUCUGUGUCUAAUGACAAAUGUGAGGCAGACUGUCGUCUGUGGCGAGGAAGCCCUGCAGGAGGGAGUGACACCCAUGCCCCUCAGCAUGUGGUGUCUGGGGAACAAGGGUCUUAACGCCCCUCCCGCUGCUGCCUGUGUAGCUCCUCUUGGCUGCUACCACUCUAUGUCUCAUUUCCCACACACAUGCUGUGUGCACUCCAGCCACGCAUGUCCAUAGGCUCCACACACAUAUGCAUGCACACACACUUGUGUACACAUAAGCAUGAACAUGCGCACAUGCACAUGCAAAGCUAUGCAUGUCUCACACUGACAUCCACAAAUGCACCCGCCACACCCUGGCACCCAUAGACAUGAACAUACACACGCGUGCACACAUAUUAUUCAUGCUCCCACUCCCCAGUGCACCUACUCCUGUGUGCACACACAAGCACAUGUUGGGCCUGCACAGAACUGGGGGCACACUCACAAACACAUGUCCACAGUUCUGGCUGCAACACAGUGCUUAAGUGUCUGCUGUGACAGCAUGGUGCUGCUUCCGUUCCCCUAACUCUUCUGCUGCUUUUCCAACCCUGCAGCUGACCGCUCAGGGAUGUUGUUCAUAGGAGAUGCUGUUCUACAGCAUUCUUAAUUUGUCAACCAUUCAGGUCAACGGCAUUCAUGUAGAACAUGCAACCCACGAAGAGGUGGUACAUCUCCUGAGAAAUGCGGGGGACGAAGUCACCAUCACCGUGGAGUACCUCCGGGAGGCGCCAUCGUUCCUGAAGCUCCCGAUAGGGUCCCCGGGGCCGUCCAGCAGCCACAGCAGCAGGGCGUCCUCGCCCCUGUUUGACAGUGGCCUGCACCUGAAUGGACACUGCAGCCACACGGCGCUGUCCUCACCGUCCUCACCCACAGCUGAUGAACCAAAGUAUGAGAAGCGCUGGUUGGACACCCUGUGCAUUCCUCUGUCCAUGGCUCGGAUCUCCAGGUGCAAAGCCAGCACAGGAAGCCUCAGGUCCAGCGGUUUUGAGGUGCUGGCGCUGGACGGGGCGCGCUCCGGAGUCCUCCAGUUCCCCACCACCCAGGACUGUGUUGACUGGCUGCACGCCAUCUCAGCCCACAUCAGCUGCCUCACGCUGCAGAGUAUGAAGAUGGCAAAUAAAUGCUGCUCUCCCGGCAACCAGGUAGUGCACAUGGGGUGGGUGAACGAGAGGCUGCAGGGAACCAACUCCCCCCAGACCUUCGGAUCCAAGUUCCUGGCGCUGAAGGGCUCAUCUGUCUACAUCUUCUGCUCUCCCCCGGUGAGCACGGUGGACUGGGUGCGGGCAGAGAGCAUCUAUAACCUCUGUGAGGUGCUAUUUAAAGCUCACAAGCUCUGGGUGAUGGAUGGCUAUUGGCUGCCAGCCAACCUCUGUCUCAGGCUGCAGGACUUGGACUUGGAGAACCAGAGGCCAUACUGCUUCAGCCUCCUGGCUGGCCAGGGGAGGAGCCACGUCUUCACUGUGGAGCUGGGCACAGAGCUGGCCGUGUGGGAGAAGGCGUUCCAGAAAGCAACAUUCUUGGAGGUGCAGAGGACCGGGUCAAAAACAUACAUGUGCAGCUGGCAAGGAGAGGUGCUGUGUUUCACUGUGGACUUCGCUCUGGGAUUCACCUGCUUCGACACCAAGACGAAGAAUGUGCUAUGGAGAUUUAAGUUCUCCCAGCUGAAAGGGUCUUCAGAUGACGGGAACACUCGAGUGAAGCUGCUAUUUCAGAACCCAGACACCAAGCAAAUUGAGACAAAGGAGCUGGAGUUCCAGGACCUCCCAGCCGUGCUGCACUGCGUCCACGCCUUCAUGGCCUCCAAAGUGGCCUCCCUGGACCCCGCAUUCCCGGACAGCCUCUGCCUUGCCAGAAGACACAUGCACAGCAGCUAGGGUGGCUUCAGCUGAGUACCGAGAAUUAAACUAUUUUCUUAGGACAUGAACCUUUCCUGCACAACACUGCACCUUUGCGUGAUUUUAUAACGAGCUCAGAGUUGUUAUACCAAUAAAAUCGUCAUGAGUUUGCA